GCUGACAGGUUGAUGUAUUGGUUGAAGAGGAGGAGCUUCUUUUGAGGCCUGAUCUGAAGCACAUUGUACCGCUUUCCUCGCUUCCUCUGGUCAUAUAAAUUUCCCAAGGUCCUGCUAUUUUCGUUGUUCUUUAUUUUCUAUUUUGACGUGAUCAGCGUGUCGUGAGCCAUGUCUGAAGUCCGGGCCCCCAUUAGUCAUAUGAAGAUGGCCAAAUGGUUCUUUCGUAAGGAAGCCGACAAGAUCUUGCUGGCAGAUGAGAAGGGAAAAGACAUGGGUACAAUCCUGGAUGUUACGGAACACAAUUCCCCUGGACAUAUGAUGAUCAAGCUCGUCGUAGGACCAGUAUGGUCAGUGCCUCUCCGAGGUUUUCAGCAGGACGAAAACGCCUUCUGUGAGCCGUUUGCAUCUUGCAAGGACUCACGGUCGGCCUUCUUACAAGCCUGGAAAAGAUACGCCGGACGGACCGUGGCUGAGAAUAGAUCUUCUAACGGUGGGACAUCCAGUCCGAAAGAGUCAGAGGGGGACAAUGAUGUCAUCAAGCGGCAUCUUGUUGGGGAGUACAUGAUCCCCGUGGCCAAAAUGGUGGCGCCCAGCUGGAAGAGACUGUGUCGUCAUCCAGACUUAGGCCAUGUGGACACUCUGGCGGCCAGGUUCAAGAGCUGCCCGGACAGGCCCUACACCAUCCUGGCCGUCCAUGUCCACGGGUUGGCGCCGGAGAUGUUCAACAGGAGGAACCUCCAUCAGUACUCCUAUGAGGUGAUUGGAGGGAACCACACCCGCCUGGCCCUGCAGAAGCUCCACAGUGAGGACCCUGAUGAGGCCAAAUACACAACCCACAUGGCCAGGGUCUACUGCGACUUGCCGGACAGUCUGGCCAAGAAGAUUGGGAUGGAGCACAAUAACAUACACUUUUCCUUGCCUUCCACUGUUGCUGACAACCUAUUUAGUUUCAGGGCCGCUGCGUAUGCAGAGGCCGGCUACACGGACGAGGCUCACCUCACCACCGUGGAGCCGCCCUGCACUAAAGAGAAGGAGUCGCAGUGGAAAGAUGGUCUGUGUACCAUGCUGGGGAUAGUCGGCACGGAGACUACGUCCAAGAGGAAGAAGCUCACCAACCUGUACGGAGUCGAAAUCCGCCUUGCCAUGUCACCAUGCAAGGUGUGGAACAAGCUUACCGAGUUUGUCAAGAAGUGGCAAGAAGGAGGGAUAAAAAAGCAGCCAAAACAGGGGAGGCAGCUGAAAGCCUGCCACCUCAGGUUCCUGGACAAAAGGAACGAUGACAACAAGAUAGCCGUGCUCCAGCAGCUCAUAGACGGGGAGCUGGAGUACGGCUUUGACAAGAAGAAGACACAGGAGAAAGACCAACCCGGCAAGGCUGGCGUAAAAGCCCCUGUGGCUGGACCCAGCAAUGCACAGGAUACCGGUGAGCCGCUGAAUGGAGAAGAAAAGGAGAGCCACGGCGUCGAGCUGAGAGGAAAGGACGAGGACUUGAAGGCAGAAAGGGCGACAAACAGGAAGCUGAAGGAGGAAAUCAAGAAGCUCCAGAAAGGCAAAAGUGCGGCCGAGGAAAAGCUAAAAGCAGUAGAAGCGGCUUUGGAGGAAGAAAAAGCCAAGUCCCAGGUCCUCGAAAAGAGUUUGCAAGACGAACAAGAAGUUUCAAGGGGAUUGCUGUUUUCCUUGGAGCAGGCAAAGGAUAACGAUGGCUCAGCACGGCCAAGCAAGAUCGAUCCCGGCAGAAACAAGCGACAAGGUGGUACAGACGUUGGUGAUGGCGGUGAUGCUAAUCAGGCACCCCGUGCGAAGUCAAGGCGGAUCGCCAGCAUGAAGGAGGACCCUUUAUAUACGGUCGGGGAGUUCGUCGUGGUGUCCGGAAAGGCCAAGAGCGGCGAAGAUGUAGAGCCCUGGUUCGGCAAAGUCAUCGCCGACGACCCCGCCAAAAAACGCCUUACUGUACGGUGGUAUGAUAAUGUUAAUGGGAUAUACGUGAGGGAGUUGCAUAAGGGGUCCGACAGUCCCCUCGAGGACGACAUCAUAGAGUAUAAGAAGAUUGUCGCCACUGUAAACAUGUCAAAAGACAUGACACUGUCCGUAGAAGACAUGUGUAAGGCGUUGAACGCCGUAAAACCACAAGUGAAACAGUAGUUUAUCAUUCCUUUUCUGUCUAAUAGUGUGGUCUGCCACUCAUUUUAAUUUAUCUUGUUACAAAUGGUGACAAACGAAGGAGUUUGGGUUUUGUUUCAUUCGCUCAGUAGUAAACAGAUAGUUCGUAGUUAGCACCCAGGGCAAGUUGGCAUGUA